AUGUCGAGGACGUUGAUGGGUAGGGCCCUGAGGGGUGCCAAGGCGUCGUCGGUAUGGGAGCAACGGGCGUGCAUCACCCAGCAGCAGCGGAGCUUCAGCCAAACGCCGCCUCGUCAGAAUCCCCAAGUUAUCUUCGACAAGACGACGUCGCCCGGCCUCGGCCCGAUUCUCGAAGAGAUCCAGUCCAAUAUCAUCCUCCCCUACCACCUCCCCAUACACCAGCGCAAGCGCGUCUUCUCCGAGAAGCUCAAGCACCGCCUCAAGAGCGACCCCGUAUACCUCGAGAUCGACGGCCUCGAGCACCGCUUCUCCCACAUCAACAAGGAGACGCUGCCGCCCUCACGCGAGCUCACCUGGAAGGCCCUGCAUGCCAUGCAGACGCCUCAGGACUGGAACAACUUUGUGCGGCUGCUGUCGGGCAUGCGCAACGCCGGCCGCCGCUACAGCCAGGCCGACUUCGCCAAGAUGAUCUGCAUCGCCGGCGACCAAGGCCAGAUCUACACCAUCAUCGACGCCGCGCGGCAGGUACGCAAGACGGGCCUGCGGCUCGACAACUCGGAAAAGGCCAACAUGGUGCUGCACUUUGUGCAGAUGCGCGCCGUGGAGAGCGGCUGGGACAAGGAAAUCACGGAGCAGGCGCUGCGGUGGACCGAGAUGGUGCUCGAGAUGGUUGAGGACCCCAACCACGAGCUCGUCAAGGAGAAGCGCAUGAAGUUGGUCGGGCAGACCCGGCUUGCAAAUGACCCGCAGAUCCUGGCCGCGGCGCUGCAUCUCUCGGCGGUGCUGGCUGUCAAGCACAAUGGCGGCAAGGACAUUGACGGCAAGGUCGCAAAGUACGCGACGCGGGUCGCCAAGCUAUGGCCCGCCUCCAAGGGCCUGCUGAAGCUGGGUCGGGAUUGUGCGUACGACAACCGCGAGAAUGGCUUGGCGUAUCUGGUGAACAGCCGGGAUUUGUACCUAUCGUGUGCGAGCCCGAUCCUGCACGGCCUGUUCAUGGCCAGCCGCGUGGUCGAGAAGCCGUUGGCCGAGAAGUUGCGCGCGAUCUCGAAGACGCUCGCUGUCGAGGUCAAGAUUGCGGUGGAGUGGCAGGUCGCCCCUGCCGAGCGCGGCCUCAAGGCCUACAAGACCUUGUUCCAGAAUUAA